AUCGCACCCCAACCUUCAGCGCACUGUAAUGUUGGCAACGCAGGCGGUAUCAUCGAGCACCGUGGGCAUCAGCGGUGCGAGCGACAUCUCUGUUUCUUUUAAUGACAAGCACCAUCUUCUCCGCCGCCCUUCGCUUGGGUCAGAUUGUCGAGAAGGAGCCUUGAUACAACCCGUGAUGGACAAAUAUGGACGGCGAGAAUGGGCGGCGGAGUCGGAACAGAUAGAGACCCAGCGCGGUGCGGGCCAGUAGCCACACCAACAAUUGAGCUAGGGCGCACCUUGAGCUCGGUGGACCAGAUUCAAUGCCUUACUUAUGCAAGCGAAUUCUGCUGCCAGCGGUCACCUUUGUCACCGCGGCGCGCUUGGCUUCAUUGACAAAUGUCGCCGAGAGUGGAAUGGAAGGUGAAGAUGGCUUACCACCCAGAUCAGCAGCAAUAGCAGCAGGUAAAGAUCUGACAUGAGAUCUCUGGGACGCCCAUGACUGCGAAUACGAUGGGCGCGUGCAAUAUUCAUAUGCUGCGACCCCCGCGAAGAGUUACUUCUGAUCAAGAGCAUACGGUGCACAAUCCCAAAGUCAGACCAUAGACGAUAUGGAGCCAUGAACGCAUGUUUGGACACUGUAUGAAUGUGGUAUGGAACGGGACCGGUUGGCCUGAGGCCCCCGCUAAACGCAGGGCUUCCUCCAGCAUGCUCGCAGGCGUCGCAAACGACAAAAUCUCAGAUCGGCUGCUUGCAUGCACGGCCGCGGGCGCGUGCCAAUCAGAAGUCGCAUGCGUCUAUGCAGCCUGCCUCGGUGGCAAGCGUUGCCAGCCGAUCGGGGCUACCUACUGGCCGCUGAGCACCACGCCUGCGUACCCUCCGACUCCGCGGCAGCCGCGGCAGCGCUGAUGGCCUCUAGCAUCGCCUGGCUCGGGGUCGGCGCUGGGAGUCCUCCCGUCGCCCAAGCAUGAUUGGUUGCGUUCGUGUCGAUCUGGCGAAGGACGGCCAGGGCGUCCUC